UUGUCUCAUAUAACAGCCGUCUCCUUUGUUUCUCUCUCUCUCAAUCAUUCCGCUUUCCCUUUUCCUCACUUAUCCGCCCCAACGCCAUCGCUCGCUUCCAUGGCUUCUUCCACCGCCAGUCGCUGGUUUAGGCCCGAGGUGUACCCGCUGUUUGCGGCGGUCGGGGUGGCGGUGGGGAUCUGCGGCUUCCAGCUGGUCCGCAACAUUUGCAUCAACCCCGAAGUGAGGAUUAAUAAGGAAGGCAGAGCCGCAGGAGUGCUGGAGAACUAUGCAGAAGGAGAGAAAUACGCAGAGCAUAGUCUCCGAAGGUUUGUUCGGAACAGAAACCCUGAAAUCAUGCCAGCAAUUAACAGUUUCUUUACUAAUCCGAGCAAAUAAAGCAUUCCAUAGCUGAGCAGUAUGUCCAUUUAAGAUGCUGAAUGUGUGUGCAGUAUGCGCAGAUGGAACUGAAUUCUGAAUUCUGUAUGUGCAGCAUGUACAUUUAAGAUGCUGAAUGUGUCUGGAUUGUUGCUUAAUAAUGUCCAAUAACCUGUGAUGGGCUUUUUACCUCUA